UCCUUAUUGUAGAGUUUUACGUUCCUACCGCGGACCACUGGGUACGGAUGCAAGAUAACUAGCUUGAAAAUUACUUAAUUACUUUCAAAUGCCACUACAAUUUUUUAAAAUGAAACACAACAUGAUUGUGCGUAUUUAUUUCUGUUAAACAGUCGUAACUUUAGGUUGACUGUUGAUUUAAGUAUCCGGUGGAUAGCAUAAUAUUAAAUAUAGCUAGUUGGCUAACUAAAUAGCACUAGCUGGGUCGCUAAAUCUACUUUUCCGUCAGUCUCUGUUUGGCAAAAACCUUUCAUUAACACGUUUUUCGGUAUGGCAGAAUUCCUUGAAGAUCCGUCAGUUCUAACAAAGGAUAAACUCAAAAGUGAGCUUAUGGCCAACAAUGUGUCCCUUCCCAGUGAAGACCAUAGAAAAGAAGUCUAUGUCCAAUUGUAUCUGAAAAAGUUGACCGUAUUGAACAAAAAGAGUUCACCACCAGACACAUUUUCUAGUGAUAAAGAACUGCCUGCUACGGUGGUUUCCAACAAAAGUCGAACAGGCAGGAAAGCAACAAGAAAGACUGAUAAGCCUGCCUCUGAAGAGGUAGAAGUCACAGAUCUGACGGAUGAAGGCUUGAAAGACCAGCUGAUGAAGCAUGGGAUAGAUGCUGGACCCAUUGUAGCCUCCACUCGGAAAGUUUAUGAGAAAAAACUAACAAAGCUGCUGGACCAGUCUGCACUUGAGAUGACACCCAGCCUACCCGAGACUGCUAGUGCACUUACAGAGGCAUCCAAAGCUGACAGUCCUCAGAAUGGCAACACACACUCAGACCAUUACAGUGACAAGGAAGAUGCAUCCAAAGACUCCACCUCCAACCUGCAGAACCAUCUUAAAAGGAAACAUUCCAGUAUCUUGCAAAGAGCAGAAAUGGCAUCAGAUGAUGGUGGUGAACGAAGUGCCAUGCCCACCACACCACCUCUCAAACAAGCAACACUCAGCACCUCAGCAAUCACCAAAAUGAAAGUAAACUCCUUGGUUCUUGAGUUCAUAAUUGCAGAUAUGCAGCCCUUUUCAUUAGUGGAGAGUGCCCCAUUCCGUGAGAUGAUUGAAGGAAUUAGUGGGGGUAGGUCACCCAUGUGCAGAAAAACAUUGAUGCUGCGCAUUGAAAGGGAAUAUCAAAAUAUGAAAGAGGCACUUACUGAAACUCUUCAGGAUGUUCAAACCGUGUGCACAACAGCAGACAUAUGGACGUCUCAUUAUGGGAGUUUCAUGGGAAUCACAUGUCACUGGAUCGAGCCAGAGACAUUAGAUCGAAAGUCUGCUGCCUUGGCAUGUGAAAGGAUAUGGGGCCGCCACACCCAUGAUGUAAUUGCUGCGAAAAUUAGUCAGAUUCAUGCAGAAUUCCAGAUCCAAGGCAAAGUCAGUGCCACAGUCACUGACAAUGGUAGCAAUUUCGUUAAGGCAUUCAAUGAAUAUGGAGGGUGUGAAAUGGAUGAUGAGAUGGAUAGCACAGAUGAUGUGCAGUUUGCUGAUGUAUCUGCAGUUCUUCAGGAGGAGGAAGAGGAGCUAAACCUUCUUUUGCCACCUCACCAUCGAUGUGCCGCGCAUACUUUGAAUCUUGUUGCCACGACUGAUCUUGACAAAGUUGCCUCACAGGGUGUUUCUCGAAAAUUGUACAGAAGUUCAAUGUCAAAAUGUGCUGCAAUCUGGAAUAAGGCUCAUCGCUCAUCAGGUGCUGCUGAUGCAAUUGCGGAAAUUGCCCAAAUGAGAUGUUUGAUACCUUCAGUGACUAGGUGGAGCUCAGAGUAUCAUGCAGUCGAGAAGUUAAUGAGUCUCACUGAGAGUCAGCUCAAGGGAAUCUGUGACCAGCUGAAAGUGGCCAAACUGCAUCCUCAAGAGACAAUGUUUCUAAAAGAGUACACAGCCAUUCUGAAACCUCUUGCCUACUCAAUCAAGCUGCUCCAGGGAGAAAAUAGCUGUUACUUUGGAUACAUAGUUCCUACCAUUCUCAGCCUGAAAGCCAAGUUAGCUGAAAAGUUGACCCAAGUGCAGUUCUCAACCCACAUCCUCUCAGCUGUUAUAAAAGCCAUUGACACUCGAUUUGGGCAGGUGUUGGCCUCCCACGAGGCAAGGCUGGCGGCUUGCACCAUCCCAAGGUUUCGACUGUGGUGGCUUGCUGAUGAAGAGAGGGGAGCCAUGAAAACAGCAAUGGUCCAAGAGACUCGUCUUCUUCAUACAGAGCCAUCUGAGGAUGCCGGCACCACUGGAAAGGUCGCAGUUGGAGGAAAUCCAGAAGACGAUGACAACUUCUUUGCUUUUGAAACAGCACAGAUGACAAGUUCAUCAGCGGAGGAAGAGGUGCAGAGGUAUCUCCAGGAUCCAGACAAGUCAUUGGCUUCAUUGAAGAGGUAUCCAAUGAUCAGAGCCCUCUUCUUAAAGUACAAUACUACUCUGCCAUCAAGUGCUUCUGUCGAGCGGCUUUUUAGCCAGGGAGGACUUAUUUUCACUCCACAUUGUAACAAAAUGACAGAUAAGCACUUUGAGCAGGCUAUCCUGCUGCGAUACAACCGACUUUACUGGAGUGUUGACAUGUAGAGUAGGUGGGUCAAAUAUGUAGGUACGUGGCUCAAAACAUAUUGGUCCUUAAGUUCACAGGCAUUCAACCAAUUGUUGUCUUUUUCUCACCUUACAUUCAUAUAAAAUCAACACCUUACAUUCCUACUGCAAAUGUUUGCAAAAAAAUAGUUUUUCACCCUAUGUUAUGUACAACCUUGACAUUUUGGAUAGUUUUUUGCUGCUAGCCUUUGUUACAUUAUCAAAAAGUAAUGUUGUUUUUUCAAUAUAACAUUGUUUGGUGUGGGUAAAAUUAUAUUUGGUGGCAAAGUUAAAAAAAUAUAUAUAUUUUGCCAUCAUCACAUUCAGUUUGAGUUUCUGUUUUAUUUUGAUGGACCGUUAUUAGUGUGUCAUUCUUAAUGAAAGAACAAUAAACAAUAAUUCCUUUUAACUGAUUUAACAACUUGUACGCUUGUACUACUUGAACUCGCUGUAUAUUAUAUUAUUGUUGCUUGCUUUCCUACAGGUGCAGUCUUGCACUUUUGAGGUUCAUGUUGUUUAACUUGUA